AGUAAACUCUACUGGGGUUGAAUCAGUUGCACUCAUUAGUCGAGUUAAACACACGUAAAAUGGCUUCUAAGUUCGUCGUUCUUGCUCUGUUGGUGGCGGCUGCUCAAGGCAGUGCUCUCCACGGUAACUACAACAGCUUCUCCUACGGAGUAGCUGACCCCCACACCGGCGAUGUGAAGAGCCAGCACGAGACCCGCGUCGGCGACAACGUGGUCGGCCAGUACUCGCUCUUGGAGUCUGACGGCACCCGCCGCGUCGUCGACUACGCCGCUGACGAUCACUCCGGUUUCAACGCCAUCGUCCGCAAAGACCCCGCCAUCAUCGCCCACGCCGCUCCCAUCGUUCAAUCCUACGCCGCUCCCAUCGCCACAUACGCCGCUGGCGUUGCUCCCGUAGCCUAUGGCGCCUAUGCCUCCCCUCUCGCCUACAAGUCGUACGCCGCCGCUCCAUUGGCCUACAGCGCGAUCGCCUCUCCUCUGGCCUACAACUCUUACGGAUACGGCGCCUACUCUGCUCCUCUUGCCUACAAGUCUUACGGCUAUGGCAUCAACGGUCUCGGUUACGCUAAAUGGUAAAGAAUACGUCGUUGUUACCAAAGUUAUCAAAUAUGCUGUGAUUUAAUGUAAAAGCAAAUAAAACUAAAAUAAACUA